AUGUCCUGCUACAACCAGUGCCUGCCGUGCCUGCCAUGCGGACCCUGUGGCCCAACCCCACUGGCCAACAGCUGCAAUGAGCCCUGUGUCCAGCAGUGCCAGGACUCCACUGUCGUCAUCCAGCCCUCUCCCGUGGUGGUGACCCUGCCCGGCCCCAUCCUCAGCUCCUUCCCGCAGAACACCGCCGUGGGAUCUUCCACCUCUGCUGCCAUUGGCAGCAUCCUCAGCUCUCAGGGAGUGCCCAUCUCCUCCGGGGGCUUUGGUCUCUCCGGCCUUGGCAGCGGCUACUGCGGCAGGAGGUGCUUCCCGUGCUAA